UAUGGCUGAAAUUGAACCAGUUCAUUUUGGGUUGACUACAAAAGACGCUACGACAGCUUUUGUCUUAGUUAUUGACCCUGAAUCAUCAACGCUGUCCAACUCACAGACUGAUUUGGGUGUUGAUUUUUCUGAGAAGUUAAAUCAACCCUGGUCUGCCACCUGGUCUGGAGGGCUGUAACCCAGUCAGGAGGGGUGGGUGGAAGCAUGAUGAGCGGGAAGAGCCUGCUGCUCAAGGUGAUCCUGCUGGGGGACGGAGGAGUGGGCAAGUCCUCUUUGAUGAACCGCUAUGUCACAGACCGCUUUGACUCCCAGUCCUUUCACACCAUUGGCGUCGAGUUCCUCAACAGGGACUUGGAGGUGGAUGGGCGCCUGGUUACUCUUCAGAUCUGGGACACAGCGGGCCAGGAGCGCUUCAAAUCCCUGCGCACGCCCUUCUACCGAGGCGCCGACUGCUGCCUGCUCACAUUUGCUGUGAACGAUCUACAGAGCUUCCAGAACCUCGGCGGCUGGAAGAAAGAGUUCAUGCAUUAUUCGGACGUUAAAGACCCUGAGCGGUUCCCUUUUGUAGUGCUUGGCAAUAAGGUAGAUAUGGAGCAGAGGGAGGUGGGCGAGGAUGAAGCACGGGCCUGGUGUGAGGAGAACGGCUGCUGUCCUUACUUUGAGACCAGUGCUAAAGAUGACACUAAUGUCACAGCUGCAUUCGAAGCAGCUGUCAGGGAAGUUCUAGCUGCUGAGGACCAGAUUGACCACACGCUAUUGAGUGGUACUAUAGAUCUCCAUGGCAACCGCAAAACAUCUCGUUCGUCUUGCUGUUGACUGGUCCUGUGUGAAUCCAUGUUUUCAUAAUCUCUCUGACUGAAACCUGCCUGGGGCAGUGUUGGAGAGCCUGUCAGAUAUUGUUAAUGGUACAUGUACUGUAGGUACAAGGUACUGAUACAGUAUCCACUACAGAUAAUAUGGAUAAGAUACAGCUGCUCUGAGGAGGGCUGUGUCACAGGUUUGGCCAGCGUAUGGAUUGUUGAAUUGUUACUUUAACUACGGUACAGGCACUCUGUAAGCCUGUUACAGAGUGCCACACACUCAUCUUGAUAUUUUGUCUGCUUUCAGUAGUGUUGCACAAAACAUUUAUACCCAGCUUCAGCUUUGUCUGCCUAUACAGGGGUUAUAUCAAAUAAUGCUCCAAAGCAUUUAUUUUAAACAAAAUAAUUGAAAUUUUAAAUAAUACAGUGAACAAACAAAUAUAGAAAUCCUCUUUUGAAGAGCACACUAGCCUAACAUUGGCACAGCUUCAUACUGUAGGUCCUGUCAUUUCUUAACUGUCUUUUCCAUGAGUUGAUUUUCCUGGUUUUUAGGGGGACUUUGAAUACAACAUGCCAUUCUCUUGCUAUCAGAUAUGCUAACUGUUGCGGCUCAACUGAUGUGUUUUCUGGACACAGACAGACAGUUAGUCGACAGCGUUCCCUGUCCAGGCAGAUGCUGUGCAUCAGAACUCAGUAUCAGUAUGAUGACAAAUAUGAGUUAAAGUAUGAAACGGUUAAGUGUUUUCUGCUCUAAUAUGGAAGGUGUUAAUCUUCAAUAGAAAGGGAAUUGUGAACUUUAAUUUUGCAGUUGUGUACGAACUGGGUAUAAGCAAUUGUGGUGCUCUUAUUGUAACUCUUACCACUACACUACAGUGUAGCCAGAGGUGUUCAAGUCAGGCAUUAUCAGAUCAUCUUUAUGUCCAGUAAUUUACAUGAACCUGUAAGCUUCAUUGUUUCUCAAAGUUCAGAAAUUGUACUGCUUUUUCUACUGUUGUUCAUAAACUGCUGUUUAUUUUUCUGUGAAGCACAUUUCCAUCCUUUAAUGUGUUAUCUUUAGCAAACAUGUUCUAUUGACAUUGGGCUUCAGUGUUUGAUCAGGGACUGAUUAGAGUCUGUUUUCCUGAUGUGCACAGCAGGUUAUAAUUAUUAGAAUUAACAAUCAUUUUCAUAAUUAUGGCAUGUUUGUUAUCCUGCAUCUGCCCUAUUGAUUGCGUGGCAAGCCUUAACAUUCCAGUCUUUCAGUUUUGCCUCCUCUGAAGCGCUCUUUGCUCUACACUAUAUUACACAUGCCUUGUCUGUUCAUUAUAGGUAUCAGCUGAAUGUGAAAUAUCCUGAGCAUAAGGAUAAUGCCGUUAGCACUAAUGCUUGCAAUAUGCAUCACCUCUCCUCUCUGUUCAAACAUAUUACUGAGGACUUUUAUGAUGUUUACCUGCUUUCAGCAGAAUGGUACUUUACUUUUAGUUCAGUUUUUACAUACAGGCUUAAUAGCCAUAGGUUCAUAUGCCACAGGGCAUUGUUCUUUGCCUUGAUGGUUUGAGAAAAUAAUAUGGCUGGUGUUCAAAGCUUCAAACUGAAUUUAUUCAUGUUUUCAAUUCAUUAUCACCAGUAUUUUGAUUGCUGCUUCAAUGGUAUUAUAUUAUGUGUCUGCUCAAACAACCAAACCUGUUACAUAAAUAAGAUAAAUGUUUUCAUCCUUCUGAAUGCACAGUUGCUAUGGGUGUCCGUGUAGCUCCAUGUUCACAUAGUUUUCUUGUGCAUUGUCUUAGCCUGAGAUCACAUUAUUUGCCUUUUAAGUCAAAAAUUGCAUUGUAAAUCAGUACGUGCGAAGACUAAUGAUGAACAUUACAAGAGCUUCACUGUGAAAGUGAACCCAAUCUAAUCAGGUACUGUCAUAUUUACCUAUAACAUGGUUCUUUGGUUUAAUGUAGGCUUUAUAAUAAAUAGCUUGUUUAUAUGAUUACUGUAAGUUUUACAAGGUGUGUUUGAGUACUGGUACUCAGAUUGUAUGAGAGAAACUUUAUUAACUGUGAACUGAGAUGGGCAUUUUAACAUAAUCAAGCUGUUAGCCUACAUUCAUCCAAAGCAAAAAAUUAGGGCUUUUCAUUUGUCAGUGUUAAUGUUUUCUUUUUAAUGUAAUAUUUAAUUUUCUAUCCUGUUAAAAUGAUGUAGCUGACCACAGCAUACCUGAGAAUCUGAUAUUUAUAUACUGGUACCAUAAUCAACAGUAUGUUUCCCUCAUGAUGUUACCUGAUUGCAACCCAGUCUGUCUUUUUUUUUUUUAAUGUUGCUGUUAUAUUUAUGAAUGUAAAAACUAAUUUGUUUGGGUUGUCCCUAAUAAAUGCUGAUCUAAAUUUCAAAGGGCAUUCAGUUUAUAAUAAUGUACAAGAUGAAACUGAACGUCUGUUUCGCUCUACCCAGUGCUCAACCCGUGCGUCUGGUUUAAGCUGUGUGUAAGUUUGGCUGUCAAACUUGAUUAUCUGUUGAUCUCAUGUACAACUUCCUUUACUCCACUUUUUGCACUACAGAGGAUAAGACUGUGCCAACGUGCUGGCAAAACGUUAAAUACUCUUCCAGUGCUUGGCUACAAAUAAAACA